AUGGGGAUUUUCCGGGAGGACCGUGAGAUUCGUGCAUCACGAAUCAUCAAACUUUGGGUUGCUGAAGGAUUUAUCAAGCCGAAGAGAGCCCAAAUGUUAGAAGAGAUUGCAGAGGGGUACUUGAAUGACUUAGUUGACAGGAAUCUUGUUCUUGUUGGCAGAUAUCGAUAUAAUGGGAAGAUUAGGUCUUGUCGACUUCACGAUCUGAUAAGAGAUCUGUGCUUGAAAGUCUCUGAGAAAGGCAGGUUCUUCUAUGCCAAGAGGGCACUCGACAACAUGAGUAAGGAGCGUCGGUUCAUAUGUCAUGACUUCAUCAAGAGUGAAGAUGUUCAUGAGAUGUCUGAUGCUCUGAUGUCAGCGCAGCUUCUUCGUUCUCUGGUGUGCAGAGGGUCGAAGCUGCCGGUUGUGUUUAAGUUGUUGAGGGUUUUGACUAUGGCUAGCGACUGUUCCGCGGAGGAUAUAAUUCAGAACUUGAACCUGCGGUGCCUUACUUUCCAACCGUACUUCCGCAUCUUGGUAAGGCUUCCUUCUUCAAUAUCCUUCAUUUGGAACCUACAAACAUUGUCAAUUCAUGCGAGACUUGUCGUUGCACCAAUUGAAAUUUGGAGCUUGUCACAACUUAGGCAUGUGGAGUGCUCACGGAUUUAUCUUCCCCAUCCUCCUCCUUCUCCAAAUGACUCUGUUGUCAUGGGAAACUUACAGACACUGAUAAAAGCAGUAAAUUUGAGGUUGAGUGAGGAGGUGUGUAAGAGAAUUCCCAACACCAACAAAUUGCAUCUAAUCUACGAAGAUGAGUUGGAGGGAUAUGAUGAUUGCUUGUUCGACCAUCUCCACAAUCUUGGCAGCCUACAUGAACUUCAAUCACUAAAGCUAGUAGUUUCCACCUUUCCUAACCAAUCCUCAUGCAAUGCAGAUCGGCUCAAGUGUGCAUUUCCGGUAUCUCUGAAGAAGCUGUUACUGGCACACUGCAGUCUUGACUGGAAUGAUGUAACAAUCAUCGGUUCUUUGCCCCAAUUAGAAGCUCUCGAGUUAGUUUAUUCCGUCAAGGGACAGAGGUGGAGUCCGGUUAACGGGGAGUUUCGCCGCCUUAGAUUCUUGAGCAUUAUCAAAUGUGAUCUGAGAUGUUGGGAUGCAGACAGCUCCCAUUUCCCAGUUUUGAAGAAGCUUAGACUUGAAGGAUUGAAGCACCUGGAAGCGAUCCCUUUGGAUAUUGGAGAAAUUCCGACGCUUGAAAUGAUCAGCGUGGUUAGAUGCAGCGAGUCUGCUGAGAUUUCGGCGAUGAAAAUAAAGGAAGAAGAAGAGAGUCUAGGAAAUGAGGGCCUUCAAUUCCAAAUAUCAUCAAGGAAACAUAUCCCGAAGACACAUACCGCCGCCAAGAGAGACUAUGAAGAACACCAAAUGACAUCAGAAACAUUAAGGCGCUGGACUGAGGCAGCCAAGAUGGUUAUUUACAAAACGUUGCCAGGGUCAACAGAUUAUCUCCCAAAUUGA